CAUAAGCGACGACGGUAUGACAACACCGUCUGCCAGAAUACGUGGCCCGUCGUUUUUCAUGAUUUCAGUGUCUUGUUUAUAUUUUUUAUUGGAAUAUUUCGUUGUGAUUUUCGCUUAAAGCCGUGUUCCGGCUUCAAUCAAGAUGAUGAAUCCACAGUAUUUGCCUCCGGGGCAAAAUAACAAUGCACCAAAUAAUCCUCUAGGGUUCCCCCCAACCUCCCAGGACUACAAUGGUGUCCAGAAUGCUAAUAUUUACAAUCACUCAUCAAAUGGGCCACAAAUACCAUCCAAACCUUUUGAUUCGGCUGAUGUGUCUCAAAAAAUGCAAAACAUGAACAUAAAUGGUCCUCAAGGUUUUCCACCAUCUCAAAUACCUUCUGGACAAUUACCACCUGGCCAACUACCAGGAGGAAAUUUCCCUCCAAAUUCAAACUUUGGGCCUGGCCAAGUUCCACCUGGGCAGCGACCACCAGGCUCUUUCCCUCCUGGGCGACCACCAGUAAGCGGCGUCCCUCAACAAAUGCAACACAUGCCGCCACCUAUGGGUCAGAAACCAUCUCCAUCGUCAAUUGCAGGACCUAUUCCUGGUUCUCAUCCUCAGAGUUUUGGACAAAUGCCACCUUCCAGUCAAUCUAAUUUAGAUCAUAAUAGGUCUUUUCCACUAGGACCACCUAUGCAUCAAGGGCCAUCUAUAUCCCAAGGUCCACCCUUGUCUCAAGCUCCUCCCAUGGCACAAGGUCCACCCAUAUCUCAAGGGCCACCCAUAUCCCAAGGGCCACCUAUAUCCCAAGGGCCACCCAUAUCCCAAGGUCCACCCAUAUCCCAAGGGCCACCCAUAUCCCAAGGUCCACCCAUAUCUCAAGGUCCACCCAUAUCUCAAGGUCCACCAAUGUCUCAAGCUAACCAGCAGCUUGGUGGUCCACCAUCUAUAAUCCAACAACCUCUUGGCGCUCCAGGAGGACCAGGACUACGUCAAGGUCCUUCUGGACCAGGGCAAUUGCCCCCACAUUCACAAUCUGCUCUUCCACCACAACCUAGGCCUCCUGGAUUACCACCACAAACGUCACAACCUAUAAAACCAGGGAUGCCGCCUCAAUCGCAACCUGGGCAACCACAGCCAGGUUUUCAUCAACCAGGCUUACCGCCCCAACCUGGAAUGCCUUUACAACCAGGAAUGUCGUCUCAGCCAGGAGUGCCUCCUCAAUUAGGAUUAGCUUCUCAGCCUGGGCAAGGCCAGCCACCAGGCCUUCCACAGCAACCCGGACUACCACCGCAAUCUGGACAUGGAUUGCCUGGACCACCUAAACCAGGAUUUCCAUCACAGCCUGGGCAACCCGGUUUGCCUUCCCAGCCAAGUUUUCCUGGUCAACCCGGAUUACCACCGCCUGGUCAGAUCCAAGGGCCACCUGGGUUUACCCAGCCUGGUUUGCCGCCGCAACCGGGUCCACCGUCGCAGCCUGGCGUUCCUCAGCAAUACCAAUCGAUGCCUGGUCUCCCGCAUAUGCCUCCACCAAUCUCACAGCAGAGGCAGUACCCUGGAAUGCCACCUGCAAGUCAACCAGGUUAUGGUCAGAGUGGACCGCCAACAAAUACUGGUUACCCAGGCAUGCCGCCAAUGCCGCCGUCGUCGCAGCCACAGCAGCCGGGCUACCAGCAGUCAGGGUACCCGCCGCAAUACCAGCCGCCGUUCCCCGGGCAGCAGCCCAGCUACCCUGGACAGUAUCAGCAGCAACAGCAGAAACAGCUUGAUCCAGACCAGAUGCCUAGUCCUAUCCAGGUUAUGGCGGACGACCAACAGAAUCGCGGCGGCGUGUUCGUCACCAACGAGAAGGGACUCGUGCCGCCGCUCGUCACCACCGAUUUCGUUGUCGACGACAAAGGCAACGCUAGUCCCCGCUACAUAAGGAGCUCGUUGUACAGCGUGCCGGUCACCGCGGACUUGUUGAAGCAAACGGCAAUGCCGUUCUGUUUGGUCAUAUCGCCGAUGGCGGAGACGGUAGGCGCGGAGCCGGAACCUCCACUGCUGGACUUCGCGGCGCUGACCAACUCGCCCAGCAUGGGCCCGGUGCGCUGCAGCCGCUGCAAGGCGUACAUGUGCCCCAACAUGAAGUUCAUCGACGCCGGCAGGCACUUCCGCUGCGCCUUCUGCAAGGCCACCACUGAGGUGCCGAUGGAGUACACGCAGUACGUGAACAGCAUGCAGCAGUACGGCCGCGUGCCCGCCGAGAUGGCGCUCGGCGCCUACGAGAUCGUCGCCACCAAGGAGUACUGCCGGAACAACAAGCUGCCGAACCCGCCGGCGAUCGUGUUCGUGAUCGACGUGUCGUACAACUCGGUGAAGAGCGGCCUCCUCGACACGCUCUGCGACAACAUACUCGCCAUACUCGACACAUUGCCUAAGGACGAGCAAACCGGCGAGUGCAAGACGCGUGUCGGCUUCAUCACGUACAGCUCCACGGUGCACUUCUACAAUAUUAAGGGGUCGCUGGCGCAGCCGCAGAUGCUGUCGGUGGGUGACGUGGGCGACAUGUUCGUGCCGCUUCUGGAGGGCUUCCUAGCGCCGCCGCCCGCCGCGCCCGUGCUGCCGCAGCUGCUGCAACAGCUGCCGCAGAUCUUCCGCGACAACAAGGAGACCGAGACCAUCCUGCUGCCCGCCGUUCAGGCGGGGCUGGAAGCCCUAAAGGCAGCCGACACAUCUGGUCAGCUGCUGGUGUUCCACACUUCACUGCCCACCUAUAAUGCACCUGGGAAGCUUACUAAUCGCGAGGACAGGAAAUUACUUGGCACUGAUAAGGAAAAGCAGAUAUUGGCGCCGGCGACGAGCGCGUACAACGAGGUGGGGCAGGCGUGCUCGGCGGCGGGCGUGUGCGUGGAGCUGUUCGUGUGCAACAACUCGUACGUGGACGCCGCCACCGUGGGCCAGCUGCCGCGCCUCACCGGCGGCCAGCUGCACAAGUACACCUACUUCACGGCGGACACGGACGGCGCGCGGCUGGCGGCGGCCGUGGCGCGCGUGGUGGCGCGGCCCACGGCGCACGACGCCGUCAUGCGCGUGCGCACCUCCACCGGCGUGCGCGCCACCGACUUCUACGGACACUUCUACAUGGCCAACACCACCGACGUCGAGCUGGCCGCGCUCGACGCGGACAAGGCGGUCGGCGUCGAGAUCAAGCACGACGACAAGUUGACGGACGAGGACGGCGUGUACGUGCAGGCGGCGCUGCUGUACACGCACCGCUCGGGCCAGCGCCGGCUGCGCGUGCUCAACCUGGCGCUGGCCGUGGCGCACCAGCUCGCCGACGUCUACCGCAGCACCGAGCUCGACACCUGCAUCAACUUCCUCACCAAGCAGGCCGUCUGGGCGCUCAGGGACCUCACCCCGCGGCAGGUGCGCGAGGGGCUGUCGGCGCGGUGCGCGCGCUCGCUGGCGUCGUACCGGCGGCACUGCGCGUCGCCGUCGUCCGCCGGCCAGCUCGUGCUGCCCGAGUCCAUGAAGCUGCUGCCGCUCUACACCAGCUGCCUGCUGCGCUCCGACGCGCUGCAGGGAGGCCCCGACAUGACGUGCGACGACCGGUCGUGCGCGAUGUACCGCGCGCUGACGGCCGACGUGCCCACCUCGGUCGUCUACACGUACCCGCGCCUGCUGCCGCUGCACGUGCUGCACCAGAGCCCGCAAGCUACCCCCACUCCGCUGCGCGCCUCCGUCGACAAGAUCAACGACCACGGCGUGUACCUACUUGAGAACGGCGUGCACAUGCUGCUGUGGGUGGGGUCGCAGGCGCCGGCCGACUUCGUGCGCGACGUGUUCGGCGUGGCGGCGCCGCAGCUCAUCGACCCGCAAGUUUACGAGCUGCCCGCGCUUGACAACCCCUGCAGCGCCGCCGUGCGGGCCGUCGUCGACGACGCGCGGCUGCGGCGACGCUCCGCCAUGAGGCUAACGAUAAUGCGUCAACACGACAAGCUGGAGACGGUGCUGCGCCACUUCCUGGUGGAGGACCGCGGCGGACGGCAGCGCGUCCUACGUGGACUACCUGUGCCACGUACACAAGGAGGUGCGCGCGCUGCUAUAGCACAUGUACGCGCAGUGAACACAACACGCACGAUCGCCGCCCGUCAUAUGAUACGGAUCGUGAUAACGGAUCGUCAUUCACAGUUGCUCAUAACUACUCACGCGGUCACGAAUCGUGAAAAGUCAGGAAUGCGUUCCAAUUGUACGAAUCGAUCUGAACGGAUCGUUAUUUUUCACGAUUCGGAUUUUGUUCUAUAGUUAUAUAUCUCUAUGUGUAUUAAAUCGUCAUAGUCGUAGAAUACUGACGGAUCUGACAAAGAUUACAUAUAAAGAUCCGUCAGUAUUCUACCACUAUGACGAUAUAAGAAUACAGUUCUUAUACAUACGUAUGGAUCUACUGAUGUCAAUCGUUAUUUAGAAGUAGGUUCAUUGAUAACGAAUCCUCAAUGAUCGAUUUCACGAAUCGUAUUAACAUCACAAUUGGGUUUUGUUGUGAAACGUGAAUGUCUAUUGCUCGUAGACGUGUGUGAACGGGCCGUAAACGGACCAUUCAUUAAACAUAAAGUUAUUUAUAUCGUUUAAACGGAAACUCGUUAAUAAAUUAAGUUAAUCUAUAAUGCAGUAACACCUUGUACAAGGCUGUUAUAACAGGGGGUCUACCAUGAAAUAAAUUUUCGAAUUUUCGAACUCAAUUUCGUGUUUUGUUCAUACUGAUUUGGUCCCAGUAAAUGGAUCUUAACAUUUAUUUUUAAUUAAUAUCCUACCAUAAAAGCCCAAAGGAACGAUAUUUUAAUAUUUCGUCAUAGUCGUAGAAUACUGACGGAUCUGACAAAUAUUGCAUAUAUAGAUCCGUCAGUAUUCUACGACUAUGACGAUUUUUAAACGGUAUGUCUUGUGUAAUUUUAACAUCAAAUUUAUGUUUCGUCGGGCCCCGAAAUAUCGAAAAUAUUUCAUGGUAAUCUCUCAGGUCUAUAGUGACGUCGUAACGACGUUACCUACCGUUGUAUGGCGGUGAUUAAAUUUUUUAGAAUACUAUCUCUUUAUAGAAUGAAAAUGUAUAAAGUCCAAUACAGACGUUAUUAUUAUGCAUUGUGUUGAUAUUUUUAAUAAAUGUAUUUAAAAACAAAAAUAGGAGUUUCGUUACAUAACGUAAGGAAAGUCAAGUCAGCAACUAAACCAACGUCCAGUCUCUGCCAAGGACAGAGCAGACAACAUUGUAUCGCCCUUGUUUAAUUCUUGACAUUUUGAUUCUUUUUUUCCAAAAAUUUUAUUUAUUAAUUCAUAGCUAUAAACGUUGCAUAAACUUACAAUGUUAUAAAUAUAUCUCGUGUUCUUCGCGGGUUCCUCUCAGCGGUAACAACAUUCCGAACCAUGCAAUACAAUACUAGAGGGGUUUUGCCAGUAGUUGCCAUGGUAGGCAGGCGGAUUGGCAACCGCAGUCAGGAUUUAGAGAUGUUUUAAGAGGGACGUUGCUGUUCAUCCCUCGCCCUCCCUUAGUCGCCUCUUACGACACCCACGGGAUAGGAAGGGGUGGCCUAUUCUAUGCCGGGAACUACGCGGGAAUAAUUUGUGUUCUAUCAUAUUGAACGAUUUGCACGUAUGCGCCGUUCAUAGUAUUGAAUUACUGAUGUCUAAUACAAUGCAAGUCCAGCUUUAAUCAUCGACUCGCUCCUAAUAAUUGUGUAUUUUAUUUUAAAAGUAUAUUAUUAUUAAACUAGAUAUUAUCGUUUUAUAUAAUUGUUAUUUUUAAAUAGCCUCGACUACUAUCGGUCGGGAGACAUAUUGUAGUAGUUUUUUAUUUUUUAAUUUGGCAACGAGCUAGUGUUGCCCGAUAUGCCACUUAACAACAGGCGGGAAACGGAACGGGAAAUACAAGAUAGUAAAUAAUUAUUGAAACCACACAUUUCUGUUAGUUUUUGUUUUGUUGUCAAUCCUGUUGACUGACUUGAGUGGUGUCGAGAUUCGGGACUUCCUUAGUAAUAAAAUCUAAAUGAAACUUUAAUCGCAAAGUUAAUUACUAAGAACAAGAACUUAUAUAGAAGGAGUGAUAAAAUUGUCAAUUCAUAGCAGCCUAGUGUAUAGAAAAUGUUAUACGGCCAUAUAACCCUACCAAAUUCAGAUACGUGCUUGCAUAUUGUCUACAUAAACUGUAUCCAAUAUAUAUUCUAGUAAUGUAAAAUUUGUCAUUGACAAAUAAUUGACAUAUCAAACAUUUUCUAUACACUAGCCUGCUAUGAAUUGAGAAAAAUAGCAACUGAUGGUGUAUCUUUCGUCCUCUUUUUACUAAUUAUAUUUGCAUAAGAAGAGAGGAGGCAACCAUAUGAUUUAGUUUUUAUUUUAUCAUUCCUUCUAUGUAAUUCCUUGUUCUUAAUUAUUAUGAAAUAGUAGUUUUAGUAGUUUAUCUAUUGUAAAAAUGUACUGUAAAAUUAUUGCAAUUAAAAUAUUCUUUUUAUAUUUCGGUUUAAUUGAUAUUGUAUAAUGAAUAGAUAUAUAAAUAGUGGCAGGUCGGUGGCCGUAAGUUUCUGUCGGUGUGCAGUCCGCGGUGUACUACACUGCAUUGUACUGUACUGUACUGUACUGUACUGUACUGUACUGCACUAUACUGUACUGUACUGUACUGCACUGUACUGUACUGUAUGUAUUGUUGUUUGUAAGGCUCGCCCGUAUCAGAGUGUAAAUAAAUAUAUUACAAUUACAAUACA